UUCAUUGAAAAUUUGAGAUUUUACUUGAUCCUGGUAUCCUCAUCUCUGGGAAGUUUACGUGCGAUCGUAGCACUCGGGAUAUCAUUUGAGAGAGCCUUGGCAACUUUAUUCUACAACAAUAGUAGACAAAAACUUUCAAAUGU